AUGAAGGGAGUCUUAGCAACCCAUGGAGUACCGGACUCUUUACGGGCAGACAAGGGAACUCAGUUCAUGUCAAGUGAAUAUGUAAAAUUUGCCAAACAAUAUGGAUUUGACAUUGCCACUUCAAGUCUACAUUUUCCACAAUCAAAUGGCCUGGCAGAGAGGGCAGUCCAGACUGCCAAGAAGAACUUGCAGCAAGAAGAUCCAGAUGUGGCCUUCCAGAACUACAGGAACAGCAAGCACUCUGCCAUAGGCAUGAGCCCAGCAAUGGCACUCAUGAAGUGCCCCCUGAAAGGCAGGGCACCAGUACAUGCAAGAGUACUUAACCCAAGUGUGGAGGAGAGAGAGAAGUUAGCAGCCACUGACAAGGCUGCCAAAGACAGAUACAAGUACUAUUAUGACCAACACUAUGGUGCAAAACACCUCCCUCAACUUCAACCUGGCCAGCCUGUACAGUUGAAGACAGACAACCAGAAGGGCUGGUCACAACCAGGCAUGAUCAUCGAGAGUGAUUAG